AUUCUUUGAAGCCCCUGGUGGGGCGGUAACAGAGUUGUUGCUUGAUGCUGUAUUUUGUGUGGUAUUUGGAAGUAUUGAACAUUUUGAAGUUUUUAUAUAGAGUGAAGGUUUAAUGUGUUGUCAAUUUACCACUUAGAUUGUGUUUUCUUCAACGUCUACGUAGCUGCAAUACCUAAAGAAUCUCAUUAAACAGCUCGAUGUACAAUCCAACAAAGGCAUGUUCUCAUCUAGUGUGAAACCAGUUUUCUUGAAGCCAGGGGAUAGCUCGUGGUCGGAGGACAAGCCGGACGUGGACACCAACAAUGCCACGACGUUCAUAUACAACCCCCACCUGUCCUUCUCGCUGGAGCAGCAGCGGCAGAGGCUGCCUAUUUUCAGGAACCGCUCACAUGUGCUGUACCUGUUGGAGAAGUACCAGGUGCUAGUGCUCGUAGGGGAGACAGGCAGCGGGAAGAGCACGCAAGUACCGCAGUACCUGCUGGAAGCUGGCUGGGGCAGCGACGGGAAGGUGAUAGGGGUCACGGAACCCCGGAGAGUUGCCGCCACGACUCUCGCGACCAGGGUUGCAGAGGAGAAGGGCUGCCUCCUGGGCCAGGUCGUUGGAUACAGCAUCAGGUUCGACGAAUGCUUCGAACCGAAUGUGACGAAAAUCAAGUUCAUGACCGAGGGGAUUCUGCUGAGAGAGAUGAUGGCCGAUCCACUGUUGAGGAACUACUGCGUCAUUGUGUUGGACGAAGUCCACGAGAGAACACUUUACACAGACAUUGUGAUGGGGCUCCUGAAAAAAAUACUCCGUAAACGUAAAACGCUGAAACUGAUUGUGGCAUCAGCAACUGUGGAUGCUGAAGAACUAAGGAACUUUUUCAACCUAAACAGUACCAAAGAUGUGAAUCAGAACACUGCUACUAUCUUGAGUGUUGAUGGGAGGCAGUACCCUGUGGACAUAUUUUACGUCAAAGAACCAGUUCCAGACUAUGUGAAGGCCGUAGUUGACUCGGUGACGAAGAUACAUUUGCAUGAGCCAAUGGGAGAUGUGUUAGCAUUCCUGACUGGCCAUGAGGAAGUAGAUAGAGCUGUCAGCAUGCUAAAAGACCAUGCUGCACAAAGGAAAGAAGAUGGAUUGAAGAUGUUGGUGUUACCGAUGUAUGGUUCCCUUCCGAACUCGGAGCAGCUCAGGGUGUUUAGGUUCACUCCCCGAGGUCUUCGCAAAGUGGUUGUUGCAACAAACAUAGCCGAGACUUCCAUCACCAUUCCAGGAAUUGUUUAUGUUGUGGACUGUGGAUUUGUGAAAUUACGGUGGUUCAACCCUGAAGCGCACACAGACUCCCUCAUAGUCGUGCCUGUGUCGCAGGCGUCUGCCGACCAGCGAGCAGGCAGGGCGGGCAGGGUCCGUUCGGGAAAGGCUUACAGGCUGUACACGGAGGAAGCGUUCAGCGGCCUGAGCGCCGCCACGCCGCCCGAGAUGCAGCGCACGGAGCUCUCGAUGGCCGUGCUGCAGCUGAAGGCCCUGGGCAUCGACAACGUGCUGCGCUUCAACUUCCCGUCGCCGCCUCCGGCCAGGAACCUGCUCUCCGCGCUCGAGCUGCUGUACGCCCUGGACGCACUGGACAGCGGCGGCCGGCUCACCAAGCCCCUCGGCACCAUGAUGGCCGAGUUCCCCGUCAGUCCCCUGCACUCCAAAGUGCUCGUCAUGUCAGGGGAGUUUGGCUGCUCGGACGAGGUGCUGUCCAUCAUGGCCGCGCUGCAGGUGCAGAACUUGUUCGUGAAGCCCAGCUCGGGGCAGGCCGCACUCAGGGCGCGCGCCGCCCGCCGCAUGUUCGAGGUGCAGGAGGGGGACCUGCUAACCGCGCUGAACGCCUGCCGCGCCUACGCCAAGCACGGCGAGAGCAAGCAGUGGUGCGACAAGUUCUUCGUCAACCGCAAGGCCAUGCGCAGGGCGAAGGAGAUCAGGGGCCAGAUGGAGCGGCUGCUGCUCAGGUUCGGGGUGCCCGUCGUGUCCAGCGAUGGUGACACUGAGAAAGUGUGCCGUUGCAUAACCGCCGGUCUCUUCCCGAAUGCUGCGUAUUUACACUAUUCUGGUGUCUAUAAAACUGUGAGGGGUAAUCAAGAUCUUCAUAUUCAUCCUACAUCUGUCCUUUACACACUGGAGCAGCCAAAAUGGGUUGUUUUCAAUGAGGUUUUACAGACAGACAAGGCAUACAUGAGAGAGUUGACGGUGGUGAAUCCUUCCUGGCUUGAAGAACUCGCACCACAUUUUUACGAGAAAGUCAUAGACAAGGACUAUUAAUGCAGGCUAAUCUGCUGUUAGUUUUUCAGGCUUGAGUAAAUAUUUUCUUCCUGAUAUUGUUCAAAUUCAAGAAACAAAAUGGUUUGGAGCUGUCAGGAUAUAAAGUCAAAACAUUUUCAGUAAAAACUUCUUUUUUAUGAAAUUGUGUCUGGUCGCUCAGUUUAUAGCAUGAAAUGUAAAAUAUCACUAAGAAAAUUAUGUGUUGUUUUAUUUUAACUAAACCAUGUUUUAUGAAACAACCAGCUCUGAAGUAAAUACAGUCAUUUAUUUUUCAAGCAAGAAUCAUAAUUUUUCUUGUACAUUUAUGUGUGUAGCAUGCUAAUGGUAACAAAAUUUGCUACUCAUUGUAUGUUGAAGUGUUAAAACUGACUUAAAAUUUUUUGUUGAUUAUGUAAAAUAUUUUAAAGGUAAGCAAAAUAAUAUUUUGAACUGUUCAAAUACAAAAUUAAAGACUGUUUUUUGUAUAUUUACCUUGGAAAUGUAAUACAUAAUUAAUUUAAGUUUUAAUAUACUGACAUUAAUAAAGUGUUGUAUUAAAAGUGUAACUGUAUUCAUAAGUUUUCACCAUGUAAGUGGAACACAGCAGUAAAUUCAUAUUUUGUCACAUGUAAAGCUAGAGUCACAAGGCCACAAUGAACAUGAGACGACAGGAUCGCAUGAUCAGUAGCCAAUGAAAUACAAGGUAACAGUGAUGCCAAUAUGACAGAAUAUGUGUUCUGAUGGUCUGCAAGAAAUAGAUUCUAUUUCUAACUUCGUCAUGUUGUGCAAAACGAUGAAAAGCAAAACGGAAACCUCACAGAACGAAACUUCAAAAAUAUUUACCUACUUGGUCAAUAUUUAUGUUGAAAAACAAAAUUUGGUUUUCUUUUGGGUAUACUUUCACAUUUGUACAUAGUGUGAUUUAAAACUGUUUGUUACGUUUAUUACGUUUAUUUUUAAUGUUUAGCCUAGCUAAUAGAGGAAAUAUUUUCCGUCCAUAAUCUAUGUAUCUGUAGCUUGCUUCCUUGUAUCUAAAAUAAACUUAAUUCUAUUUCAUGCAAUAGAUAACUACCAAGUAUUAUAUUGUCAUGCACUUCAGCUAUAAACAUGAUAUAAAAGAUUCCUAUAAGACCUAUCUGUUUUUGGCAAAUUAUAUACUGCAUUUUAUGGAUGCAUUUGGCUUAGAAUGAUUUGCUGACACCCAUUAGAGUUUUUCGUGUUAAUGUUAUAGUAGUAUUGCGACCCUACACUACUGUAUUAACUCUGUCUUGCUGGAACGAUGUAUGACACCUAAUCACUUAAUCAGUAGGAACAAGAUUGUAUGUUGAGUUGCAAUAAAACCGAAAUAACACCGAAAAGUAUGUCCAAACAUCACAUUACACCAAAAUGCAAGUUAUUCACCAUAUGUAGCAUUAAAAUACAAGUUACAUUAUGGCAUUAAGUAUCAUUUAACCAAAACUUGAUUCAAAUAAUAAAAAAGGGAAUCUUUUUAUGCUUGAGAUUCUGGGAAUGUCCGUUACUCCCGGACAAAAACUAGUACUUAAUUGUAUGAUCGGAAAAAAUAAAUAAAUUUGCUUUAUUAUAUAUCUCUCAUUGAAUCAAUUUUAAACCAUCAAUGCUCACUAAUAUAUUUUUAUUGUAUGAAAUGUAUGUGUUUUAGACAAAUUUAUUAAAAUGAAACGUAUAAAAUUUACCCUCUUUUUUGGUGGAGAAAGUAUUAAAAAACAGCUUUUAUAAAAAUAAAAACCCUAACACAGAAAUCCUCUGUUUUAAAAACGAAUUUGGACUAAAAAUAAACCCAUAAAAUCUUGUCUCUACUAAUCAGAUUUGUUGUGUCAUGUUGGUCGAAGCAUUGUGACAAAGCUUAAUAAUAUGACAAUUAAUUUUGUCAACAUGUGAAUGUGCAGAAGGAUUCAAUUGUAAAACAUUGAAAUAAACUACCAAACAAUAAACGGUUAAUAGAAAUGUGAA